AUGGCAGAAAAUUCGUCUUCUCACCGGCAACCUGGUCCUCGACCAAAAGUCGGAAACAAUUUCCAAAUAGAAGGAUCCCUAGAACAUUGGGUUAACAGAUGCCAAGCUGCGUUAGACACAAUCGUUAUCCAAAUCGCCAGAUCUGAUUUCCCAAACAUCAGAUCUGGAAAAGAAAUCAAUACUACAGAAUCGGACCCACCAACACCACGUUGGGGGGACAUCCAAUCCAGCCAAUCCAGAAAUAGCAGUUAUCAGAAACAAAUACACAUGGUUCAAGGAGGUCCGUCACGAAGACCAAAUAAACGAAACUAUGAUCAACAUUGGAGAGAACAGCAAGUCGUGUUCCCUGUUGUUCCUGGGGGCCCUCAGGAAGAACGACCAGUGAUUAUCACUGGUAUUUUCGGUCAUUACCGAACGGACUAUAUGUUCAUAGAUCCAGGAAGCUCGAUGGACAUCAUAUACGAACAGUGCUUUAAACAGCUCGAUUUAGAAGAUAAAGCACGUUUAGAACCGGUCGAUUUUCCCCUCACCGGAUCCUGUAAUGAAGUUGUAUUCCCAUUAGGGCAAAUCGCUUUCCCGGUGACUUUAUCAGAUGGCAAACAUUCACGAACAGUUACAGUCAAUUUCAUGGUCAUGCCAGCAACAUCACGUCAUGAUGUUUUGCUCUGGAGUAGGUCACAAAGAGAAUUCAGCAUGAUCACUUCCAUUCCACAUGCUGCUUGUGGAUUUCCGACAGAAACCGGAGUUGCAAUUCUCUAUUCAAGCAAAGAAGUCAUGUCCGUGGAUGAUGAACCACUAGCAAAGGUAGUCAAAUCUUCGGCACCAAACGAACCAGAGAAAUGGGUUCUGAACAACGAAUACCCAGAGCAGACCAUUCUGCUAGGACAAGCCAUUUCACCAGCAACACGCAUACAACUGAAAGAGUUGUUGUCCAACAACAAAGAUAUAUUUGCCUGGGGCCCAGCAGACGUGACUGGAGUUCCACGCGACAUCGCGCAACAUUGUCUAAACAUCAAACCAUCAGUAGAACCUGUUGCUCAGGGGAGGCGCAGCUUCAGUAAAGAAAAAGCAAAAGCAAUGGACGAGCAAGUAACAGAGUUACUUAAUGCGGGAAUCUUGCGCGAAGUGAAAUACUAUACAUGGGUUGCCAACCCAGUGAUGGUACAAAAACAUAGCAGCGGGUGGAGAAUGUGUGUCGACUUCAAGGACCUAAACAAAGCAUGCCCCAAAGAUUGCUACGCGCUCCCAGAGAUAGACAAAAAAGUCGACUCUCUAGCUUCAUUCAGAUGGAAAUGCUUUCUCGACUGUUAUAAGGGUUAUCACCAGGUCCAGAUGAAAAAAGAAGACGAAGACAAGACCGCGUUCCGCACAGAUAAAGGCAUCUAUUGCUACACGAAAAUGCCGUUUGGCUUGCGCAACGCAAGCGCAACUUAUCAACGCCUAAUGGACACAGUCUUCAGCGAGGAUAUUGGCAAAACUGUCGAAGUAUACAUGGAUGACCUCGUCAUCAUGAGCCAUGAAGAGGAGACAAUGCUCAACAAUAUCCAACGCACGUUCGAUUCCUUAUGUAGCGUGAACUUAAAACUUAACCCGACAAAAUGCUCCUUCGGCAUGGAAGAAGGAAAAUUUUUGGGUUUCAUAGUUACAAGAGACGGCUUUAAGGUUAAUCCAGAAAAAGUGCAGGCCAUCCAGCUAAUGCCAUCACCUACAACAGUCAAAGAAAUGCAAAGGCUCGCCGGACGAUUAGCAGCUCUGAACAGAUUCUUGGCUAAUCAUGCGGCAAAAUCUUAUCCAUUUAUCAGUACGCUGCGAAACUGCGGAAAGAAAACUCCUUUUCAAUGGACGCCUGAAGCAGAAGCAGCAUUUAAGCAAAUGAAAGAAUGUUUAAUUCAGCUGCCAACACUGACUGCGCCAAAAGAAAAAGAACCGUUAAUCUUAUAUCUGUCAGCCGCAGAAGUAGCGGUAGGGGCAGUAUUAAUGGUAGAACGGGAAAAUAUCCAGACUCCAAUCUACUAUAUCAGCAAAAUGCUCACUGGCCCCGAAACUCGUUACUCAAUGAUAGAAAAAUUGGUUCUAGCACUAAUACACGCAUCCAGACGCUUGCGCAGGUACUUCUCAGGCCAUGUCAUCACAGUUCUCACGAAUUAUCAUUUAGGCCAAAUCUUGUCAAAACCCGAUGUGGCGGGAAGAUUAGCUAAAUGGGCCAUUGAGCUGGGAGGCUACAACAUUUUUUACAGACCAAGACCAGCAAUCAAAGGGCAAGUUCUAGCAGACUUCGCCACUGAAGUUCCCAUCGAUAAAAUACAAGAAUGUGAGGCAAUCCAGAACCCAACACCUGUUUUCGAUGACAGAGUCUGGACCUUACACACAGAUGGUGCUUCCAAUGAUGAUGGAGCAGGAGCAGGCCUCCGAUUAGUCAGUCCGGAUAAUCACGAACUUACAUAUGCCAUACGCUUAGAUUUCCAAAGUACCAACAAUGAAGCAGAAUACGAAGCAUUUUUAGCAGGUCUCCGUCUAGCACUUAAAAUGGGGGCAAGAAACCUUGAAGCCAACGUUGACUCAAAGCUAGUAGCCGAACAAGUUAACGGUCGUUAUGAUGCGAAAGGGGAAGCUAUGGCGUUAUACCUUGAACAAGCGCGGAUGUUAAUCAACCAAUUUCAAACAUUCAAAGUUAAUCACAUAAACAGAAGCGAGAACAAGCACGCUGACGCGCUAAGCAAGUUAGCUGCUACCAGCUUUAAGCACUUAGCAAAGGAGGUACACAUAGAGGUAUUAUCCAACCCUUCCAUUCAUUUCAAGCAAGUAAGCGUCAUAGAAAUGGGAGAUCCAUCCUGGAUGUCUCCAAUUAUCUUGUACCUUCAACACGGAAAACUUCCGGAAGGAAAGGCAGAAGCUCGAAAAAUACAACACAAAGCACUAAAUUACGAGAUGGCGGAUGGCGUCCUUUAUCGAAAAUCAUUCAUGGGCCCAUUACUACGCUGUGUUGAUAAAACAGACGUCCAAUACCUAGUCAGAGAAAUCCACGAGGGAUUAUGCGGGAUACUGGCCAGGAAUGCACGUAGACGCAGUUGA